AAGAAAAGCCUCCAUUCCCGAGUCUCCAGCCAACCGCAUCCAGUCCACCCCCAUCCCCCUCGACCCCGACAAACCCGACCCGAUGGCGCCCAAGGCCGAGAAGAAGCCAGCGGAGAAGAAGCCGGCGGCCGAGGAGAAGGCGGAGAAGACGACCGCAGGUAAGAAGCCCAAGUCCGAGAAGCGCCUGCCGGCCUCGAAGUCCUCCGGCAAGGAGGGCGGCGAGAAGAAGGGGAAGAAGAAGGCCAAGAAGAGCGUGGAGACCUACAAAAUCUACAUCUUCAAGGUCCUGAAGCAGGUGCACCCCGACAUCGGCAUCUCCUCCAAGGCCAUGUCCAUCAUGAACUCCUUCAUCAACGACAUAUUCGAGAAGCUCGCCGGCGAGGCCGCCAAGCUCGCGCGGUACAACAAGAAGCCCACCAUCACCUCCCGCGAGAUCCAGACCUCCGUGCGCCUCGUCCUCCCAGGAGAGCUCGCCAAACAUGCCGUCUCCGAGGGAACCAAGGCCGUCACCAAGUUCACCAGCAAUUGAGCAGCCUGCAGCGUCCACGGAUUUGUUAGGUCUCCCCUUCUUACAAGGGUUCUUCGUCGUGUCCUCUACCCCUCCCCGCCUAUGUAUGUGCUGUGAAAUCGUUGAUGUUCUCGUCGGGUGAACAAAGGCCAGUAGCUAGCUUGCCUGCUUCAUAAAUCGUGCCGGAUUGUAAUGGGCCUCUUAGAUUUGACGCCCCUAUUUUGGAAUAUAGUUGUAUCGGUGCCUUCCCUGCUUGCUAA